GUUCGCUCAGUUUUAGUUUCAGUUCGAGUUCAUUAUUGCGUGUAUUUCAUUUAGUGGUUUCCUCCACCAAAUGUUUUCCAUUUUCCUUUCUAAUCGUAUUUUGUGUAAUUUUUUCUGGCUGCUGAACGAGUGAGGCUUAGAACUAUAAACUCAUACCCAGUUGAAUUCUAGACUUGUGUACACUUGUACUGAACUUUGCAUUCCUUUUUUUAUUCGUUUUGUCCAGCGAUCUUAUAGUACAUUAGUGCUUCCUCUGCUUAUUUUAAGUGUUAUCUGUGUUAUUUUGCUAUCAAAAUUCAAGAGUACAAAGAAACUCAUUCAACAAUUAAACAGUUUCCUUUGUUUUAAACAGAACAAAAGUGAAUUAAUUUUCUUGACAAAAGUAAGACACAAAGAUGGCUAUUAAACUUAUGCGUAUCUCAUCAUUAUCGCAGCUGCUGCUGAUUACAAUUAUCUCUCUGGGAAUCCUUGGUGCUGCAGUUUAUGCCACAGACUCAAGUGCCGUAAACAUCGAUGAACUUAAAAACCAAAUUCCCCCUGAAUUGGCCAAUGGUAAUCUAACUGACAAAGCAAAGAAUCUCUUCAAGGACAAAUGUCGUAAAAUCGCUGGCAACGAUACGGGAGACGAGGCUUUUGCUAGCCUAGAACAGGGCAUCGCUACUGCCAUUGAAUGUGUCACAGGUAUCGUCAAUAUGUCUGCGAUUCAGAUGGAAAUCGAAAGUGCCCGUCCAACUGGCGACCUGGACGUCGUCUUUAACAAAUACUGCAAGAAACGUCCUGAUGCUUUGGGCUGUCUCCAAAACUUAGUUCAUAAGUUUGAGCCUUGCCUAGAGCAAGACGAGAGGAAUAACACCGAUGUCCUAAUGCAUAUUUUUGAGUCACUCCUGAACUUUGUGUGUCAUAAGGGUGGUGAUCAAAUUGCCUUGUUCAUUGCCGAACGUGGUCCCGAGUGUCUCGAGUCUAAAAAAGAACAAAUUCAACGUUGCAUGAACAGCACUUUCGGCGAAUACGUUCCCAAGGAUAGUGUUGAAAACAUAGAAACUCUACCCAAGUUUAUUAUUGGACCAAAACAAUGCGACGAUAUCCAGAAUUUGAGUGACUGUGUCACCAAGGAGUUGGAAAAAUGCGAAGAAAUAACCCCUGCUAACAUUGUGGAGUCUAUGUUCCGUUUUAUCAAGAACGCGACGAUUUGUCGUAACGAGGUGUCAACUGCUCAUCAAAAAUCGAACGUCUCAUCGUCGUCAUCGACUUUGUCAGGCGUGCUAACUUUGCUCUUGGCAGCCGUCGCCAUCUCCAUCGCCACAACCACACAACGACGAACAUAGUUAGUCACAUCAGGAAUGGGAGGGGAGGAUGGUACGCCUUCAAUUUGCUUAAUCUUUAGUACCUAACAAUCAAUACUAUUCUAUAUUUAUAUCAUUAUACAAAACAAUGUACUUCGCUGCGGAUCGAGAUCGAUGCUUCUAAAAUAUGGAUAAUUUUUUUUUCAACAACAAUUGUGGUGGAUUCGAACGAUAGGUACAAAUGGUAGAGAAAUGGCUGAUCUAAAAAAGUAUCCUUAAACGAUGGCAUUAGCAGUAGCAUAUAAACAAAUCGAAUAAAGACAACAUACACUUAGAAUGAAUAUAAAAGAUAAAUCAAAAUGAAGCAACAACAUAACAAACCAAUUUAAAUUUUUAAUUAGCAACAUUAAUAAAACGAUGCAAUUUAGAAUUAAAGAAAACGAAAACUGAAAAUAUGAUUUUUACAUAAUGUACGAGUAGCUGUAUACUUGUAGUUUUAAUUUGGUAAUUUGUAAACAAAAUAUAAAUGUGAAUGUAUAAAAAAAUAUUAAAGACUAUUUAAUAUAAAUAAAAGAUAAGUGACACAUAA